GGCUUGGCUUCUGCAAGCGUCUCCUUCUUCCGCUCCUAUUUGCCGCGAGUGGCUCUGCGCUCCUCCGGGAGAGCCAUGAGGCGCGGCGCCGUGCUGGCAGCCUUCGCGCUGGCCUACGCGGGCUACCUGCUGCUCGGAGCGCUGAUCAUUUCAGCCGUCGAGCGACCCUACGAGAGCCGGCUGCGAGCCGAGCUGCAGGAGCUUAAGAGCGACUUCCUGCGCAGCAGCCCCUGCCUGUCCGAGGCCAGGCUGGAGCGCUUCCUGGGCGCCGUCUUGAGCGCCGACCGCCACUCCGCAGCCCUCCUGCACAACGGCUCGGCUGCCACGUCCAACUGGGAUUUCGCCUCGGCCUUCUUCUUCGCCAGCACUUUGAUCACCACCGUGGGCUACGGUUACACGACGCCCCUCUCGGACGCCGGCAAAGCCUUCUGCAUCAUCUACGCUGUGGUGGGCGUCCCCUUCACCAUGCUGGUGCUGACAGCUACCGUGCAGCGCCUUGUGGGCACCUUCACCUCUGGGCCCCUGGAAUACCUGGCCCUCCGCUGGGGCUCUGACCGCCGCAUCCUGUCGUGGGGGCACCUGUUUGUGCUGAUGGGCCUGGUGUUGGCAGCCUUCUUCUUAGUGCCCGCUGCCAUCUUCAGUUCUCUGGAAGAGUCCUGGAGCUUCUUGGAUGCUUUCUACUUCUGCUUCAUCUCCCUCUGCACCAUCGGCCUGGGGGACUACGUCCCUGGGGAGCAGCCUGGGCAACACCUUCGCCCCCUCUACAAGGUCUCUAUCACAGUUUACCUGCUUCUGGGGCUGAUGGCCAUGCUGCUGAUUCUCCAGACCUUCCACAAGCUGGCAGACCUGCAUGGCCUCUCCGAGCUGGUCUUCCUGCCCCCGGAGCAGCCUCCCGAAGAGCAUCAGAGUAUCCUGGGGGAGCCCAGCUGCCCCUCUGAGCCAGGGCAGAGGGAGCAAUUGCCUGCACACCCCAGGCCAGGAGGCCCAUCCCAUUAUUCCUCCAUUAACAGAUCGUAGCAAGGAGCAGCAGGGUGAGAGUCGGGGCUAACCCACAAGGAAGACUGGCUGCUCUCCUCUGUCCCUUCCUGACCAAGGAAACGAGGCUGCUGGACGGUCCACUCCUGUGGAGGGCAGGGGAGGGAAUAGAGCUCCUCUCUGGCCAGGAGAGGAGAGCUUGGGGAGGCUUCUGGCUCUGCCUUUGGAUCGGCUGGGAGGGGGGAUAUUUAAGAAGCUCAGCUAAAAGGCUGGAGCUCCUAGGCCCUUCAUCCCUCCACAGUGACUCCUCCUCCUAUCACUGUAGUCAGUGCAAUGUGGCCCAGUAUCCUUUGCUUCCAGCUGUGGCUUGAGCUGCCGAGGCGGAAGUGGGGGCGGGGGGGGGGAGCUGUGCGCUCGAGACACCAAAGCCUCAAAUGGAAAGUGGAAGGGAAGGGCCCCAACCAGGGUCCAUUUCUCAAAACAUUUUGCUACUGACACUUCACGCCAGAGAAGACAAACUGGCGGGGUUCGCUCUGUGUGCGCUUGACUGCAGAAACCCUUUCCCCUUCUGGCUGGUGAGACCCCAGAGCCACCCUGGAGGCUGCUUGGCCUGUGUUGCUAUUUCCACCCCCACCCACCCGCCAGUUAGUCCAGCCAACUCUUCCUGUGUCCCCCCCCCAAACACCUGUGCCCCAAAGGGAGGGGGGACUGAAGGUACUCCUUGCUGGUCUCUUCUCCUUAGAGAAGCCAAAUCUGUCAAUUCCUUUUAUAGAAAAUAUUUAUUGGUCCAGUAACAGCAGUGAAAAAGUGACUGUGGCCCCAGCUGGCAUGCUGCCAAAAAGGCUGACAGCCCCUACCUGGGUUGUGGGCAUCUUUGGAUGCGCGAGAGGGCUUAAGCGUCUGUUCGAGCAACAAGGGAGGUGGCGCUGGGGGAGCAGAGGUGGUGAGCUGUGGGGCCCCUCUCCUCAUGACAGGCAAAAGGACCUGGGAAAGGUUUGGGGCUGUGGGCUUCUGUGCUGCCCUUGGUCCCGAGGGUAGGGCUGGAAUCCUGUUAGCAGGCGUUCCCUGGGACUUGGCCCUAGUCCCAUCCCCUCUGCAAAAGCCCUGUGGGCCCAGGGAAGGACUGGCCCCAGUGCUCCUGCCGGUGCCCUGCAGGGUAGCUCCGCUGGGAGUCUUCAGCAG